AUGUCUGCAUACGGAGCAAUCGCGAAAAGUGAAUCACUGGAGCCUUUGGGUUCCACUCUUUGGCCAGUCACGCCCCGUACAGCAGACACGAAAGCUCGGCAAUACCUUACGAUCCAUCAUUUGACCCUCGCUCGGGCUCUUAACUACUCUGGCCUCCUGGACUAUUUGCACAAAGUCUUUGCGGAAGAGAUAGAACGCGGGACUACCUACCCGCAGGAGACAUUACAGGGUGAACUAUACACCCGCCAGGACUUUGAAGCGUAUUUCUUCGCGGCCGACGUGCUCUUGGCGAUUAUUGGACACGACAAGACGACCGUCGAAGACCGAGAUGGAGUCAUAGAGACCGACGUUCAGCUGGAAAAUGCAAGAUACGAACGGGAAUGGGAGGAAUGUGUAGCUGGGUUCUAUUAUGUCAAGCCCAAUUACCCUGGACGUUCUUCGCAUAUCUGUAACGGUGGCUUUGUAGUGCCACUCGCACAAAGGGGGAAGAAAUAUGCCUCGGUGUUGGCGCGAUCAUACUUGCAUUACGCGCCGAAGCUAGGUUACGAAGCGACUGUCUUCAACCUCGUAUUUGUGAACAACUACGCGUCAGUGAGAGUAUGGGAGAAGCUGGAUUUCAUCAAGGCGGGGCGUAUUCCUCGGGCAGGUAGGCUUAAGCGCGCCGACGGGCAAGGCGAAGAGUACGUGGACGCCUGGGUGUUUUACAAGAGUUUCAAGGGAGAAACGGCUACCGCAGGUGCUGUAGCAUCCGCAUGA